AGGCGCAGAAUGCUGCGAACGACCAGAUGCGUUCAGAAGAAGACGUUGUUCUGGAUUUGGCAGGUAGAGAGUUGACGUUAUACUAUGCCCAAGUCUUUCAGACUAUUCGUUACAACAAUCAAUCGCUUAUAGAUAAGGGAAGCUCGGCGACCCAAAAAAUUCGCAGGGUUGCGGCUUCUGUCCUAGAGAUUGAUCGCCUUCUGCUGGACCUCCGCCAUUACUCACAGCGCGCAGCAGACAUCUCCGAGGGCAUUGUCCAGACCGAGCAGUCCAUCCGCGAGAUCAUCCGACAGGUCGACCAGGUGGAGCACCUGCUCUCGAACAAAUUUCGAGCCAUCUUGUCUCGUCAGGCUGAGCUGAGGAUUCUUGAGAGGGAGCGCCAAGUCGACGCACUGAUACUCAAGUGCGAAGCUGAAUUGAAGGCGCUGGAACCAAACGCGACCGAGUCAGAAAGUCUGGCCGUGACAGAUUUCGAAGCCCGAUCGCCGGCUAACGCGGCGGCCUAUCUAGAAGACUUGGACAACAAAAUUCAACAAAGCCUCAAUCAAUACGUCGCGUACGGCAAACUUCCCCUGAAUAAGCCCGUUGAGGACAGGCCAGCUUCGGUGGCCGCAAGUCAAAUCGAGAUCGAAUAUGACGAAGCGAUGAUACAUGAUCUAGGCGCGUUUCUAGAGGAUGCCGAUUCGGAAGACCAAAAUUGAAGCGGAUCCCUAACAAGACCGCAAUUUUUAAAAAUGUAUUUAAAAAUGUUUUGAGCC